GGUCUCGCCCCUCUGACAUUUUCCUCCAAUGGGUUUUGAAAACACGUUGAGGAGCGAGGACGCGAGCUUAAACAAUUGACAUUCUCCCACAGACACGCAAGUAAAACUGCAACAUCCGAACGGUGUGGACGUUAAAGGUGUAUUCAUUGUUACAUGAGUUUAAAUAGCUUACUAACGACGUUUUUUUAUAACUAUUACAACUCAUUCAUCAUUGAUUAUAAAUCAAGAUUUUCUCAAAAGACCACCCCACAUGAGGCAUUGACUCCAAGUUUUGGAACCACAGUACUAACCUCUGAGUGCUUCCUCUGCGUUCUCCUGCAGGCGUGCUUCAGCCUCACCACACCACGAUCUCUCGAUGUUUGGCUUCCACAAGCCCAAGAUGUACCGGAGCCUAGACGGUUGCUGUAUCUGUCGGGCCAAGUCCUCCAGCUCCCGCUUCACCGACAGCAAGCGCUACGAGAGGGACUUUCCCAGCUGCUUCGGGCUGAGUGAGGUGCGUUUUGGGGAGAUCUGUAAUGCCUGUGUUCUCCUGGUGAAAAGGUGGCAGAAACUCCCAGCCGGAUCCAUAAAGAACUGGAAUCAUGUUGUUGACGCUAAAGGUUCAGGGUCAAGCUGGAAGACCGUGAGGUCCAAGAAGAUGAAUAGAGCCAGGCCAAGACAGAGCAGCAGAGUGCAGAAGGAGCUCAAGAGACACAACUCUGACGCCCACAGCACCACCUCCAGUGCCUCCCCCGCCCAUUCUCCCAGCUACAGCAACCAAUCAGACGAGGGCUCGGACGUGGAACUCUCACCAGGUGCCACCCACUCGCCAGUCUUCUCUUUCCUGGACCUCACCUACUGGAAAAGGCAGAAAGUGUGCUGUGGCAUCAUCUACAAGGGACGCUUCGGAGAGGUACUCUUAGACCCCCACCUCUACAAGCCCUGCUGCCAGAAGAAACAGCAGCACCAGCCAAAAGAGGAAGGAGAGGAGGAAGCACAGGCGAGCAGAGCGAACGUGAUGCGCCACGCCCCACCGAACAGCUCCCAGCCCCCCCGGGUUAAAGAAGAUUAGGGGAGGGGAAGGAAGAGUGGGGAUUUGAUGUCAUAAUGACUCUACAGAAGUCUGAUGGAGACCGUUGGGAUUUUAUGAUGUCCUGGACCGUCUACUGGGAUUGCUUUCUAUUCCGGAGCAGCUGGACUACUUAUCAAAUGUUGUGUUCUGUACUAUGCAGUGAGGUUUGUUCUAUUAUAUCUGUAAACAAAUAUCGAUUCUUUGUCUCUGAGUGCUAUGAGAUUGUGAAUAUUCACAAUUUGGUUUCAAUAUGAAAUUUUGGAUUCACAAAAGCUGUAUGAGAAAUAGCGACCUCUGGAACUGCACCUUUUUGUAGUAGGAUAGAGCCAUAUCCAUUAGGAUAGAGAACAGCCAUCAGCACUCUGCCUUCUCCUGUCCUGUACCUCACACAUAUGUGCGUGCAAACUCACACAUCGGCCCUGGUCACUUUCUGAAAGGAAGUAUUCUCUUUUUAAUAAAAAAAAAAAAUUCCCUUACGCCACAUGGUCACUGAUCGGACACCUAUUAUUGUUAGGGUAAAGCUGUAGAAAAUGUAAUUUGAUAAAUUAUGUCAGAGGUGUGAAAAGUGGGAAGAAAUUAUGCAAUUUUAAAGAAUCUGUCCAGAGCCUUAUUAUUUGGUAAAGGGACACGUGUACACAAUCAAUGUCGUCAUAUCCACCCUUGAUUGUGCACCAGGUGUACUCUUUUGAGAUAUUGACACUAUACUCUUUCCAGUGCACGUUUAAUAUGGAAGACCAGUGAUCUUGUUCAGUGUUUGGAUGUAUGUACAAAGCACAUUCAAAUGUUUUAAGGGAGCAUGUAGUGUGCCCUCUAAGCAGUGAUCUUGAUGCAAGCGCCCUCGAUCGCCAGUCCUCACCUGAACCAAUAUAAGCUAAAACCCACAAACUGACCUUGGCGCAGCACUUUUUGAGCACUUCCUAUUUCAGUCUAUGGACAGUUUCAUUUAGUUUCCUAGCCCCUUAGAGCAUAUCUGAAGGUGAUGGUAUAGUGGACACUUAUUUAUUCCUUUCAAAUCUGUGAACACAAACAGGGUUCUGGGAAGGGGCUAAGUGGAACUAGGCCUAUGAUGUCAAAAGACUAGCUGAGUGGGCCAACCAAAAAGAUUCCCUGGUUUUCUCCUAUUGAGAGAUUUGAUGCCUUGUAAUUGUACUUUAGGUUUGAGGCCUUCCAAUAACUGUUCCAUGUCCUGCAGGACUCGGUUGUACAAAUCCAUCUACAUCUUUUGCAUGAUGACCUUAGGGGUGAAAUAACACUAUUUUUUUGUCUGUCACUUUGCCUCUGUUUGGGACAAAAUACUGUACAGUUCUGAAUAUAUUUUUGAAUAUAAAUGGACAAGACUACAACAUAGUGAAUAGGCCACCAACAUUUAGUUCUUAGUGUUUGUCCCAAAACUGUCAUGGCUAUUGAGGCUGGUUCUAUACAAUUGUCAGUACAAGGUCAAUUUAAUCUAAACACAUCCCUCAUGUAGGCUACCCCUGUCUUCACUUUUAUUUCAAGAAAUGUAUUUUCUUGUUCUGUACCUCCAUGUUCAUAUAAUUUAAAUGUUCUUCAAACCACGGUAAGAUUUGUUUUUUAACUGACACAUUCUGUAUUUACGUUGCAGAGCUCUGUCAAUGCAUGCGUGCAGCCUAAUUGAUGGAAUCUGUUAAAUCUCUUCAAUCAGUGUAGUUGAAGGGGAGGAGACAGGUUAAAUAAGGAUUUUUAAGCCUAGAGACAAAUGAAACAUGGAUUGGUUAUGUGUACCAUUUAGGGAGUGAAUGGGCAAGGCAAAAUAUUUAAGUGCCUUUGAACGGGAUACGGUAGUAGUAGGUGUGAGACGCACCGGUUUUGAGUGUCAAGAACUGCAACGCUGCUGGGUUUUUCACGCUCAACCGUUUCCCGUGUGUAUCAAGAAUGGUCAUCGAGCCAACUUGACACAACAGUGCGAAGCAUUGGAGUCAGCAUGGGCCAGCAUCCCUGUGGAACGCUUUGGACUCCUUGUAGAGUCCAUGCCCUGCCUGACUCCUUGUAGAGUCCAUGCCCUGACGAACUGAGGCUGUUCUGAGGGCAAAAGGAAGUGCAACUCAAUAUUAGGAAGGCGUUCCUAAUGGUUUCUACACUCAGUGCAUGACUACAGCAAUUUCAACCAUGGUUUGAUGGUUUGAUCAAAGCUUUACUACGCAACGCUAUUUGUAAUGUAUUUAUGUAUAAAGGCAUCAGACACGAACUCAAGUUUUUUUUAAUGUUCCUUUAAUCUUCAGGUUUGAUUGAAUGUUAGGGGAAGUGGUCAUUUCUCUUUGUUAAUUUAUUUGUAUGUGUUUAUCAUUUUUUCAGUUAUUGUUGAAUCAUUUGAUAACUUUCCCCUGUAACCUACCAUAACCUUUGUUCUAUUAAAGGCUUAUACUGUUGAAUUCACAUUAUGUGAAUGUUGCCAUAUACUGUGAUAUGGAUUGUAUCAAAACUAUACUAUUACUCAUAGAUUGGUUUAUGUAAACUAACUAGGUGUUAUUCUCCUGAGAUCUCCUAUAUGGCGGUAGAAUGUGCUUGUUUUUGUCUGUGGUAGUGCUACUCGCCUGUGGUAGAUAUGCACUGUUAUUUAUCUGUCUUGGAAAGUCCUAAUUCUUUCUCAAAGCUAAUUUUGUAUUUUUUAUACACAAUUUAAACUUGUUGAUUAAAUGUAGUUUUGCUUUUGA